AUGACAAAAUUGGCUAUCGUUCAACUUCAAAAAUCAAAAAUAGUCGAUUAUUCACAUCUUAACGAACCCGACUCAGACUUUAACUCAGAUUCAGAUGACAGCAGCUGUGAAGGAGUGGAUACUGCCGAAAAUUACGCCGAUAAUGAAGAUUCAACCGAUGGCGGCGAUGACGAAGAUCAUCUAUCUGAUCAUCUUUGCAAUCUUAGUUCGACUACUUCUCAAGGAAUGCGAGUUUUUGAUUCUAUUAAUCCAACGUUGGCUAAGUGGUGCUUUAUCGUCAACAUUAAUGGUACAAAAGAAUAUUUACAUAAACAGACAGCUGCUUGA